CACCAAAUUGAUAGAACUACAUAGUUACUUGUAGGCCUUCAGCUUCCCUUCAAAGCUCUCUUAACCAACAGAACGGUUGCCCACACAAUCUAUACGCAACCCACCCGUGGAUCUUCUAUAUCACAUCAGCCAUGGCGGGACUAAGUACGCUCGAGCCUCUCGAUGACGACUUCGCGGUCAAGAGCAAUGCUCACAGCCUCACGCAUCUCUCAAGCCCCUCAGACCUGACUGUCGACUUCAUCCAGGGGCUUGCCAGUCAGCAUCCCAAGCCUUCCACCAUGCAGAUCAUAACAGCCGCCAUUAUCGUCAUUGUUACUGUAACUGGAGUAGUUGCAACUCCUGCUCAUCUGGGGAAGAGAAGGGAUUGGGAAGGACUAAUUGUCUCGGUGAUAGACAUGUCUCAGAGCGAACAACUUGUGCAGAUAUACAACUGA